GUUUUGCCUCCAGCGGUGAAGAGACACAGACAUUUCUCAAAUGAUGUGGUGGGUAGCCGUUUACGGCAUUGGCGGAGCAAUUCUACUCUAUGCCCUGUACAGGUGGGUGAUCCCCACUGCUGUACAGUAUCAUGGAGGCCUGGCGCUCAUUUGGCAUGAUGUCUUUGUGGAGUGCGUACUGGACACGCUGACCCGGUCCACACGCCCUCAGCGGCUCCUGGCUGCAGUACAUUUAACAGCCACGAGAGGGAACCCUCGUAGCGUGAUAACGGCCAUCGAUGACUUCUGCAAACACAAGGAGUGGGCCAUGAAUGUAGGCGACGAAAAAGGUUGCAUUCUUGACUCUGUGGUGUCUGAGGCCAACCCUGUUUGGGUGCUUGAGCUGGGCACCUACUGUGGCUACUCCACAGUUCGCAUCGCCAGUUUGCUCCCACCUCACGCCAAGCUCAUCACUCUUGAAUUGAAUCCGGACUAUGCCGCUAUCGCUCGGCAAGUCAUUGCAUGGGCAGGUGUUGGUGAUAAGGUGAAGUUAAUUGAAGGAGAAUCUGGAGAGUGGAUUCCAAAACUGAAGGAGCAGUUUGGAAUAGCAACUUUUGACUUGGUUUUCUUGGACCACUGGAAGAAUCGUUACCUUCACGAUACCAAACUGAUGGAGGAUUGCUGCCUCCUUAGGAAAGGGAGCAUCCUGCUGGCCGACAACGUCACCUGCCCCGGCACGCCGGACUACCUGGAGUACGUCCGGAACAGCCCUCAAUAUAAAAGCCAAUACUUCAAAUCUCACCUGGAGUACACAAAAGCAGAGGAUGGACUAGAAAAGUCAGUCUUCCUAGGGUAGUUUUUGAUUUUUCAGCAUUCAUUGCAGGGGUCCUCGGUUUAUGAGGGAAUUCCAUUCUUACUGCAGUUACGGAACCUAAAUUUGUGAUGAUUUGGGUCAUACAUUACUUCCCACUAACACUGUUAUAAGGAGCAGAGCCUAGGGGAUUGGUGGGGGGCACAGCAACUCGAGACUGAAGACAGGCCACCACAGCGACGGUCACCCAACACGACUUGAUGACCUCCUCCCCAUUGAUGAACGGUUUUCAAGGGGAAAAAGAUUCACUCAGUGCUUUGAAACCUAGGGUAAUAUUUGGGGCCUUCACUGCAGUACGUGAGCAUUAUCGGUAAAAUAUAUUUUGCAGACCACAGGCACACAAUGGUCCUUAAAAUAAAUUUUGAUUCAGCUGGUAUAAGUAUAAAAUAUUUAAGAGCAAUGCUAAUAUUCAAACUCUUACUGGCUUACAAUAACAUUUAAAGAUAAUUUUAAGGAAUAAAACUAGUGUCUCAUUUUAGAUGAACUUUAGGCCCAAUAAACUACUCCGUUUUAAUGUUGGUCAUGAUGGCGUUACUUGGAGAGCUUUUUUUUAGAUGGUACUUUGGGUAAAAAGUUCGAGAAUUACAGCUGUAGUCAAUUAGUAAUAUCCACUAAGGUAGUAUAGUAAACUCAAAAUUAUUAUUAUUUUUUUUUGAUAAAGAAAAACAUUUGUGGCCAAAAAUAUAUCACAAGGUAAAUACAGCAAGUGGCAACUGAGUGUGCCUUGGGAUGGUUCUAUUCUAACCAGUUCAUUGUGCUCUGUUAGUCGUUUAAAACAUUAAAUGUUGGUGCUGUUAUAAACCAAUGGCCCUUUGUAUACCACCUGUGUGCUACAGUACUGUACCUGUGGACCUUCAUUGUCUUUGAAUGACUGGAUAGGCAAGAAUUGGAGCACUUUUUUGAAUAUACCACAGAAAUGUGUAAUAAACUGAAAAAUAGAUGAAUGCACAUGGCUUCUUUAUAACUGAGAUGCUGUGGUUGUUAUUGUUG